AAUCGGAAUGCUUAAUUCUCCAUUUGGACGAAGUGAUCAGCCGUGUUAUGUUUGGCACUCAAAUUUACUCAUAAAUUACCGCAACCACGGUAAACUCUGCCAAUUUCGUCAAGGGUUCUGGAUUCUGUUGGGUUGCGUUGAAGCAUCCCUGGAUUUGUGUACACAGUGAUGGUGAAGGAAUUUUUCAAGUCGCCGAAGCCGAUCAGUGGAAUCCGUCAUGGAAUGAGCUGCUCGGAGGGUUGCGAUUGAGCUUCAAACUCAGCUGUGAUCAGCAGAAUUGGGUUCAAUGGCCUAUUGUUACAUACUGAAUCAUCACCUCAGCACUCUGAACGAGAUUGAAUUAUGCUUGCUGCCUCAAACCCUCUCUUAGUACUUGGUUUCAUGUAUGGAUAGAGGGGACUCGGAAUUUGGAAACUCAGCAUAAAAAAUGACGUGGAAGAUCAUCACAAGAUCUGCUCAAUUUUAAAUUUGACGUGGUGGAAGUUGUCAUCCACUAACAAAGCACCAGAAGGUUGUAUCCGAAGCGACGACGACCGAACGGGGCGAUAAAAUUAUACUCAUUGGUGCUUUAGGGUUUCAUUCCUGAGGGCCACGAAACCCUAAAUGAAAAUGAGUCAAAGAACCGACUUCUAGAAUCCUACUCUCUGCGGAACUGAAUAUUGUAGCUCGUGACCAGUCGUAGCAAGUUGCUGUAGUAUUUGCUGAUUUUGAGUCAGCAUCGAUGGGAACGGUUUGUACAUCUUUCUACAAUUUAAAGCUCUUGUCGCCUGAGGCGUGGGAGUAUUGCUGGAACAAGAGCGGUACAAGCAUUCGCAUUUGACACCAACCAACCUGCACCGAAUCACGAUAGAGUUGGUCACACCAGUAGCUGAAUGACAAUGGCGGUGCAGUCAACAGAUCAUUCCAACACGCCUCGCAUCGAUUACGCUCUGCCCCUCCUCGACUUCGAUUGGAAGCUUAAGUACGCAGUUGCCAGUGGAAAUAUUGCAGCUGUGAACAAGGCUCUGUUAAGACUGGAGUUACACGUUUCCAAGUCUCCGAUCAAAGUGGACAAGGCAGGUUUAGGAAGAGUUCUAUCAGAAAAUCAGAUUCAAACAACUAUUGCUGAGUUUACCAAGGAAGAACUCGACACGCUAAUUGGUGCGAUGGAUGCCAUCGAACUGGGACUGGAAGGAGCAGACAGCACAACACAAUCUUGAGGUAGUUAGGCAUUUACGGGGAAAAGAACAAGACCAUCAAUUUUCUUUUUUUUAUGAGUGUUGGAACUCGUUGUGCUCAUCUAAUCCGAGGCCAAUACGCAAAAAUAUAUCGAUUUGGUUAAGGCGGAGGAGGCAGAUAGAAAUAUUAGCAUAGCCAGACGAACCCAAAGACAGAUUUACAAUUUCUUCCGGCAUUGCUUACAAACGAUUCUCAACACAUAAUUAGUACUAGAAGUGGAUACCGAUUGUGUAUAUGCUAGCGUGUAAAAUUCUUCGCUAAUAUAGAAGCGAUGAAAAGAGCUAUACGAUGCAGCAUGUUCCAUUGAGAGUGAUAUGACAAUUAUGCAUUGAUAUUCCUUUACUGGGGAUUGGGGCUA